AUGGACUUUAAAAGCUGCUUGUCGGAUGCUUCUUUCGGUCCCUUUGUUAAAGGUUGUCGAGGCAAUUUUGAUUUUACUUUGAAAUUCGAGCUGAUCAUCUUUUUUAUUGCGCCAUAUUGCGUUUUCACAACAUUGGUCUUUGUGCGAAUCUUGAUACUCGUCUCCAAGUCUCAGAUAAUCACGGGGAAUCACAUUCCACUUGGCGUAUUAAAAAACAUUGUCAACGCUGUUUACUUCGCUUUUCGCAUCAUUAUCCUUAUUUUGAGCCCUAUAGGAUCUCCCAAUAAUGCUCUAUCCCAUCUAUUUAUCUCAGCCCAGGCCCUAGGACUAGUAGCCAGCGUGGCUACAGCAGUCCUCUCCUACUACGAGCACUGGUACUCUCGGAGACCUUCAAUACUACUGAGUACCUACCUUUGCUUGAGCCUUCUUCUGGAUAUUUCCCAUGAUCGAACGCUAUGGCUGAAUGCAUCCUCAUCCCUCGAGACUGGAUAUUCGUCCGUGUUCUCAGUAGCUGUUGCUAUCAAAGCCUUUUCCACUUGGCUGGAAUCUCGCCCUCAAUCGGAGCCAGAUUGGGACAGUAGCGAUGUCAAAGAAAUCCAGGACUCAACCAGUGGAGUGUAUAGCUUGAGUUCUUUCAUGUGGCUUGGAGGGCUGCUCCUCCUCGGGUAUAAAAAAGUCCUUGCCUUGAGUGAUUUGCCGACGCUGGAUGGAGACAUGCUUGGGGCAUUGUACGAAAGAUUUCGCAAGUACAGUAGCACUCACCUUGUCACAAAACAUCAGACGCAGAGAAACGGUCGGUAUACACUACUCCAGGCAUUGAGUAAAGCCCUGGCUAUGCACCUACUCCUGCCUGUGCUGCCCAGGGUCGCUCUAAUCGGCCUUUCUCUUGCGCAAGCGUUUCUGACACAGGCAAUUCUCAGAUACUUGGAAGAGGAUCAACCUCACAAUUACAGCUGGGGUUUAAUAGGGGCUACCGUCUUGAUUUAUGGUGGCAUAUGCAUUUGUACUUCUCUGUACUGGUAUUUCCAUGAAAGACUGCUUUGCGUAGUUCGCGGUUGUCUAGCAAGCGCCAUAUUCCACAAGACGUUAGAUCUGAGCUUGACCAACACCGACAGAACAGCAUCAGUAACUCUUAUGAGCACUGACCUAGAUCGAAUACAUAAGGGCUUUCUCAACCUUCAUGAGCUGUGGGCAAAUGUUAUAGAGGCAGGACUCGCGGCGUGGUUCCUAUGGCGACAAGUGGGCAUAGCUUUCAUAGCACCGGUCGGGCUUGUAUUACUCUCCUUUCUCGGCGUCUUCGCCUUGGGCCAAUACGUUGGUGUCUACCAAAGAGUAUGGAUGGGCAAAAUACAGAAUCGCGUAGCCAUAACUGCCGACGCGAUUUCCAAAAUCAAGCACCUCAAGGUCUCGGGGAUGACUCUCCCGCUUGAAGCCACCAUCCAAAAGGCCCGAGAGUCGGAACUACGAGCCAGCCGUGGGAUCCGGAGACUACAGAUCGCGUCACUUAUCAUCGCAUUUGCACCAGAUUUGACAGCACCAGGAAUUAUGCUCGCAGCCACCAAGUCACAAAACUUUACCUCCCAGAAGGUCUAUACUGCGAUUGCCCUUCUCGCGUUAUUGACCGUCCCGCUUGGAAGUAUCUUCCGCUCUGUUUCACCGCUAAUGUCGGCAUUUGCAUGUCUACAGCGCAUUCAAGCAUUUCUUGAACUUGAUACACGAAAGGACCCUCGCUUAAUUACACAUUCAAUGACGGAUACGCCCUCGAUCUCGAGUGAUGAAAAGAUCAAUAUCGAGCGAUUGAAGGCGCCUAGAGGCUCAGCCAUAAGACUUGUUGAUGCAAGUUUUGGAUGGCAGAGCAAAGGGCAGCCGUGCCUCAGGAAUAUCAACUUGACAGUCAAUUAUUCUGCCUUGACUGUCAUUAUUGGCCCUGUCGGAUCAGGGAAGUCGACAUUGUGCAAAGCCUUGCUCGGCGAAACGCUAUUCGCGACCGGAAAGGUUGUUCUGGAUCACGACGCUAGCUGUAGAAUUGGCUAUUGCGACCAAGUACCUUUCAUACGAAACUGCAGCAUCAAGCAAAACAUUAUUGGCUUCUCGAGUUGGAACCCAGUGCGCUACCUGGAGGUUAUUAAGGCGUCGAUGCUCCUAUACGACUUGAACGAAUUGCCGGAGGGUGAUGCGACAGUAGUAGGAAGUGGAGGGACGACAUUAAGCGGUGGUCAAAAACAGCGCAUCGCCAUUGCCAGGGCCCUUUAUCUUGACACACGACUUCUAAUACUGGACAAUGUUCUGAGCGGGCUCGACACUCACACGGAACACCAUCUUUUCCAACAUGUUCUAAGUCCAAACGGGCUUCUGAAGAAAAGGGAGAAUGCGCCGGCUGUGGUAUUUUCUACUCAUUCAGUCAAGUACGCCCGGUGGGCUGAUCAUAUCGUUCUACUGAAUGAAACAGGUGAGAUUAUCGAGCAAGGCAGCUGGGAAGAGUUGUCGGUCUACGACAGUUAUUUGCAGAAUUUGUGCAUUCAGGAAAACGUACAAAUCACAGAUCCGAACCAGCUCCGAGACGUGGGAAGCGACCAGCCACUGGAGCAAAUCCGACCGAAGCCUAGGCGCACUCCCUCAAGUCGUGAUCCUAACGACCAAGAUGUUGUGAACAGCGACACGGAUAAUUCUGCACGUCAAAAUGGUGAUAUGACAGUCUAUCGACACUACUUCCGAGCUGUUCCUCUUUUAGCCAUCAUGUCCUUCAUCACGUCAUCCGUAUCCUAUGGGUUCUUCUACAGCUUUCCCAACAUUUGGCUGAAAUGGUGGCUAUCAGACUCUGACUCAACCCGACACGAUCAUCCCAAGGCCUUCUGGAAUGGUAUCUAUGCCAUGUUUCAGAUCUUUGCCCUUCUCAGCGAAUUGCUGACCAUGUAUCUGGCACUGACUUACUUCGCUUUGAUAUCUGGGGCAGCGGUGCACUUAUCAGCAUUGCGGGCUGUAACUCGAGCGCCACUAUAUUUCUUUGCCAAGGUAGAUCUGGGUACCAUCACGAAUUACUUCUCACAAGACAUGACUCUUGUGGAUGGCGCUCUCCCUGCCUCUCUAAUCCAAUUUGCUAGCGAUGUCGCAGCUUCUCUCGGGAUGGCUGGCAACCUGGCUGCAUCAUCUCCAUACAUGGCCGCAGCCUAUCCUAUAUGCUUUUGUUUCCUGUACUUUGUCACCAAAUUCUAUUUAAGGACAUCUCGUCAGCUUCGUCUCCUAGACCUGGAGGCAAAAAGUCCUCUUUACAAACAAUUCCUUGAAUCAGACAAUGGAAUCGCUACCAUACGUGCAGCAGACUGGACUAAAGAAUAUCUGGUUCAGAAUGAGCUGUUACUCAACGUCUCCCAACGCCCUGCCUAUCUUUUGGCCAUGGUUCAGCGCUGGCUUCUAUUUAUCCUUAACACCUUUGUGUUAUUGCUGGCGUUAUUGACCGUUGUGCUCGUUACGCAGCUUAAAGGUCAUGGAACAGGCUUUGCUGGUGCAGGGCUGAUAUCCCUGAUGCAAAUCGGUCAGUUUCUCACCAAUUGUGUAAAAAGCUAUGCCAAUCUGGAGGUUUCAAUGGGAGCUGUCAGUCGGCUGAAAGCUCUCUCUGAAAGCCCGCAUCGUGAGUGUGCAGAAGGCCAGGAGGUAGUGCCACCUCUGGGAUGGCCUCGUAGAGGCUCCAUCGAGGUUAAUGAGAUCUCGGCAUCCUACAAGGUACAAUUUGCUCACAACCGAGGAAGCAGCUACAAUGAACAAGUGAAUGAAAAAUCCCUAUCUUUAAGGGACUUGCGUUUUCAUAUUGAUGCUAGACAAAAAGUGGCCAUUUGUGGCCGGACAGGAAGUGGGAAAUCUUCCAUCAUACUACUUCUUCUAUGUAUGCUGAAGCCGCUACAGAAUACUAGAGAGGACGCUAUAACCAUCGAUGGCAUCUCCAUUCAAAAUGUUGACCCUUCGAUCUUGCGGGAAAGAAUAUUUGCUGUCCCACAAGAUACCAUAUUCCUUCCCAAGGGCUCGUCAUGGCUGGAGAAUAUGGAACCUUUUACAACCAAUGCUGCUGAGUGUAGAUCUAUCUUGGAGGACGUGAAUCUAUGGGAUGUGGUUGUCGCACAAGGAGGAGAUUUGACCGCGGCUAUGGAUUCGGACGCACUCAGCCAGGGACAGAGACAGCUCUUCAGUCUCGCCCGUGCUGUGUUGAGAAAGAGAGCCAAGACGAAAUUGAUGUCAGGUCAAGCGCAGCACGGUGGGCUUCUUCUACUCGACGAGCCUAGUUCUGCUGUUGAUUUUGAGACAGAAGGGAUAAUGCACAGGAUUAUCCAGCGUGAGUUUUGCGACUACACCGUCGUCAUGAUCACCCACAGACUUGAGUUUAUCACUGGACUGCACAGCAUAGGUCAAGUUGGUUCGGACUCCCAGGAAACCUUUUUUAACCGAGUGCUUGUGGUCGAUGCUGGGACUAUAGUUGAAGAUGGCCAUCCAGCUGAGCUCCUGGAAGCGAAAGAGGGAAGAUUCAGAGCACUAUGGGAGGCGUCAAGAGUUUGA